CUUCACCAUUUCCAUUCCUAAUCUCAACAUUGUCAACCUCCUAUUGUAUCACCCAAUAGGCCUAGGGUUUGCUCACCCCCUUCAUACAAUUCGAAACACAAUAUGGAUAUAGUUGCUCGAUCACCUCAGCCCAAAGUUCGAUUUUAAUUAAUUAUAUGAGGAUUCAUUUAAAGUAUCUGUACAUGUUCAUCUUUCUGAUCAAUCAACAAUGUAUUAUAUACAUAACCGCUACAACUAGCUAGUCAAGCACACCGUACGUACAUUGAAUGUAGCACCACAAAAAAAACACCAAAACUCUUGUAUUAAGUCAUCACAACCUAGCUAGCUAAUUAAUUUGAGAGGGUGGGAUUAUAAAUAAAUAAAGACAAGUUUUAGUUGGAAUUUUAAUUAGGAGUCAAACGAAUAAUUUAAGUUGAUGAAUACUAUAUUAUACAAGUUGACUGUUUUGAUACUAGUUUAUUACUUAAGAACCCUUUUUGGCCCCUCACUAAUUGGUCCCAAUGGGCAAUGCCUAGCUGGAGGAUCAUCAUCAUUGUCCAAGGAAUUAAUGAAAUGAAUUAAUCUGCUCGUGGGCAAGUGACAAAUUAAUAUUUCAUUUUUAGUGUUUGCAUUUAUUCAAUUUUGUGUGAGCAUUGAAUCAAUCAAAGAUCGUGAAUUCAUACCGGAUGUUAUAACGGUUAGUGAUAAGACAUUUUGUACUAAAAUCGUGGUUCGAUUGUAAUUCAACCAUUUUUUACUGUCAAAAUCACCUACCUUUUUGGAUUCGGUAUUCUCGGUCUGAUCGGCUGAUACAAUAGGGUUUCUCAAAAAUUGCAUUGAAUUCAAUAAUUAAUUAUGAUAAGAAAAUUAUAGAUUAAUUAAAUUCAAGUUGUUUUUAAUUAACAUGAUGAUAUAUAGGGUUUAUCAACAUCUUUUUCUUUUUUGUAUAUCCACGGGAAAAAACAAUGUGAUCGUACGUAAUUUUUGGCCAAGUUGUGAGCUGCAUGUGUCUAGAUUCAAUUAAGAGAUUAGACCUUGUACCUUCCACUGGUUUUGAUAUGAAGCAAUCUGCUUAAAUGGAUAUUAUUCUACAUCCAAUUUUCGGACUAAAUAUGAAAGCUAUAUUUGCAUAUUUUUGCGUUUAAUCGUUAUAGUAAUAAUAUGUUGUAUUUGAAACGAGCGGAACAAUCACAUGUUCAACAAUCGAAAAGCUCAGGAAGGGGAAAUCGUCGGGAAAGCCCUAAACUAUUGGGAAGAAUUCAGGGAUCUUCAUGUCAAAGAGCUAGAGCCCAGAGAUAGGGAAAGACCUACCCGGGAAUCGCCGCCGCCGGGGUGGGUAAAGGUGAAUGUGGACGCCGCUGUCUUCAAAGAUGAAGGAACGAGAUUCGGGGUGGUGGCUCGCGAUGAGAAUGGCCAUUUCGUGAUGGCGGCGGUUUGCAGGGAGCGCGUCCAAUGGUCCCCAAAGCUGGCCGAGAUAAAGGCGAUCGAUUUUGGCUUGAAACAGUUGGAGAGGUAUGGGUUUCCAACAGCCAUUGUUGAGACAGACUGCCAGAGCGCAUUUCUCGCUCUGAAACAGACGGAGGUGUCGAGAUUGGAAGCUGGAGCUCUGAUUGUAGAUCUACAAAUAGCAGCAAAGAGACUGGACUCAAUCCAGUGGAAUUUUGCAAGAAGGGAGUGCAAUGGGGUGGCCCACCUAUUAGCCCAUACAUCUUGUAACUGGGAUGCCCAAGAACAUUGGGAGGCCCGACCACCUAUGUCUUUGUUACCUUUCUAGACUCUGAGCCCAGGAGGCAGCAGUAAAAUACAGGUCUGAUGAUAAAAAAAAUGUUGUAAUUCAUAAAAAUAAAAAUAAUAUGUGGUAUGUUUGUAUAGUUUAUGACAAUCGUGUGCUUUCCAUUCCAAGUAGAUCAUUCCAAAGGAACAUGACUACACCAAUAGAAUUUCGUCGAUGUAUUUAACAUAGCAGGUAAAGGUCCGUCAGAGCAUAGACCAUCGACCUAGUAGUUGUCAGGUUGAUCGAUUUAGUGUAUAAAUUAACCUUUUUUUCUUUGCGUAUAACUUGAGUUUGACCAUUUUAGUUGAUCAACAACAAAGAUCUACUCAACAUACUCCAAAUAAAGUUUACUUAGUUUA